AUGUCUUCCGCUUUCGUUCAGCGUCCGGCUCCGGCCUUCACUGCCACCACCGUCUUCCCUGGCGGCGAGUUCAAGGACGUUUCCUUGUCGGAUUACCUUGGUCAAUGGGUUGUCCUUCUCUUCUACCCUCUUGAUUUCACAUUCGUCUGCCCGACUGAGAUUAUUCAGUUCAACGACGCCCUUCCCCGUUUCCGUGAGAUCAACACCACCGUCCUUGGUGUAUCGACCGACUCCCACUUCUCCCACUUGGCCUGGACCGAGCGACCUCGCAAGCAGGGCGGCUUGGGCUCAGACCUCCAGCUUCCUCUGGUGGCCGACAAGUCCCACAAGAUCUCCCGCAGCUACGGUGUCUUAAUCGAGGAAGAAGGUGUCGCCCUACGUGGCCUCUUCAUUAUCGACCCCAAGGGUGUUCUCCGACAGAUUACCAUCAACGACCUUCCCGUCGGACGAAACGUCGAAGAGACUAUCCGACUUGUCCAGGCGUUCCAGUUCACCGACGAGCACGGCGAGGUCUGCCCGGCAGGCUGGCAAAAUGGUAGCAAGGGAAUGAAGGCUGACCCCAAGGGCAGCCUUGAGUACUUUUCUACUCAGGGUGCUAACGGAACUGGUGAGUCCAAGAAGCGUCUCAGAGUGGAUUAG